AUGGGAACCAGUUCUGGAACGCUAGCGCGCUUUCAGGGGAACAGAGAACGGGAGAAGCGAACGAACAGCAUCGCAAGGGAACCUUACCCACAAGCCCCACCCACCAUGAGCCCCUUUUUCCCGUCUCAUCCACUUAGCGUCUGUCUCUGCGAGGCUUUCAAGUCCUUUGGUGGUCGCACUCUUUGCAGCUCCAGUUAUCGGCGAUUCCCUCUUCCUCGCGACUGGAACUCGUCUUCCUCGGAGCCCUACUCGUCGGCUAUGGCGCUCUCCGUCAGCUCCCUAGCUUCUUGUGCUGCUGCCAGCACUUCGACCUUCCUCUCCGGCUCCACCUCCAUCCAGUUAAAUAGGGGUGAGUCUAGGGUGACCUGCAAGAAGGCAGACAUUCAUCCCGAGUUCUUUGAGGAGGCUAAGGUGUAUUGCAAUGGAGAACUUGUCAUGACGACUGGUGGGACACAGAAAGAGUACGUGGUUGAUGUGUGGUCGGGAAACCACCCCUUCUACCAGGGCAACAAGUCGGCUCUUGUUUUGGAUGCUGAUAGGGUUGAGAAAUUCAGGCAAAGGUAUGGAGGAAUUAACUCCAUCCAGGAAAUUCCUACUCUAGAAACAGGUGAAAUUGUCUUCCAAAAGAAGAAGAAGGGCCCGAUCAAGGGCGGCAAGGGUGGAAAGAAGUAGAAGAUGCUGUAGGCUUGAGGGUCGCAUUUUAGGGUCUAAUUUUACAGGGUUCAGGGACAUACUGUAGGUUGGGUUCUGCCUGUAAUAACAGGAAGCCGAAUUUUCUAUUCGACACUGUACCUUUCGUGUUCUCUUUCAUUGUUAAUUUUAAACCAAUUUUUGCACAUUACAUGCA